AUCAUAUUAUAGUUUACAUAUAAUCAACAUUAUUAAAUCACAUAUUGGAUUAUUCUUAUCUACUUUGUACAAAAUGAAGGUUUCCUUUUCGGUAACUAUUCUGUUUUCGGUUUUUAACGGAGCUUUUUCAGAAUCCUUAUGUAGUCAAAUGGGAGGUAAAUGCCAUUCGUACUAUGACGUCUGUUGGACAAGAAAAUAUAGUUACGGUCAUCAUUUAUGUACUAGAUAUGGUGAACCGCCAGUUUGCUGUUUCUAUGAUUAUUUUGAAAAUGACUGUAUAAGAAGAGGUGGUACUUGUUUUGAUAUACGAUUUUCAUCUUGUACAAAUGGUCGACUGGUCAAUGAUGGCUGCGGCGGAGAAUACAAUUAUUGCUGUACACCGAAUCAUUAUAGACCUUACCCAUACACCCAGCGAUCAACUUACAACGGGCAAUAUUUUAACUCACAGGCGAAAUCAUACCCUUACAAUCGAGCCCAUUUAUAUCAUCGUCAUACUUCAUUUAACCGUAAACCUUCAUAUGGUAACACACCCGCCUCUAGGACUACCUAUACUGGUUGAUUCUGAUUCGUCUGGAUCUUGUUUCACAAAUAUGUUUUUAGAAGUUUUCGGGAGGGGAUUUGAUACUUGAUAUUUUCUAAAAAUAUUUGAUAAUAUAAUAUAUUCUAAGAAUAUUUGAGAAGAUCUUAGAAAAUGGUUGAUAACACGUGAUAUAUUCUAAGAAUAAUCGAUAUAUUCUAAGAAUAUUUUAUAUAUUUUUAGAAAAUUUUGGAAAAUCUUUAAAAAUAGUUAAUUUUUAAGAAAAUCCUAGAAUAUGUGAAAAAAUUCUUUUGAAAAUUUCUUACUAUAUUUGAGAAAUCUUUAGAAUAUUUGCGAAAUUCCAAGCUUUUACAGUAUGUUACUAAAAUAGUGAAUUAUGUUAUCGUUAUUUUUUUUUAGAAUAUGUGCGAAAUUAUAAAAUUAUUUGCGAAAUUCAAAGAACAUUUUUCUAAAUUACACAAUUUGAGAAAAUCAUAGAUUAUUUGCAAAAUUCUAAGAAUAUUUUACAGUAUUUUACUGAAGGAGCGGAUAUAGGUCUUGUUACAUUUUGGGAAUGUCUACUCUGUCUGCGAAGCGGGUCAUGCAAGUUAGGUGAUGUUUCACGUUCUAAACUUUUAGAAAGCAUGGUCAUGGUUUUGUUAUAUUUUCAUGUUACUAUGCUAAUGAUUAUACUAUUAUUUAUAUAAUAUAAUGUUAUAUCAUUCUUAUUUG